AUGCGCAGGUUCUGCACCCCGGGCAUCGUGAUGUCCCUGUACAGCAUGCUCGCCAACAAGCCGGAGCCCACCGUGGCAGACAUCGAGUCGGCCUUCGACGGCAACCUCUGCCGCUGCACCGGCUACCGCCCCAUCCUGGACGCCGGCAAGACGUUCGCGUGCGACAAGCACGCCGUGCCGUCGCACGGCAAGUGCGGGGGCGGGGCCGCCGCGGGCCCCGAGGGCGAGGGCGGCGUCCAGGUGUGCUCCUCCUCGAGCGCGACAGUGUCGAGCCUCGCGUCCUGCAAGGAGUCCUUGGCGGUACCCUUCCCAGACGCCUUGCGUGCCAGCCCGACAGCAGACUUGAAAGUCAUUGGCAAGCAGGUGACGUGGUACAGGCCGAGCAGCCUGCCGACUUUGUUGGCCCUGAAGAAACAAGACCCCACGGCCAAGCUGGUGUCGGGUAACACCGAAAUCGGCAUAGAGACGAAGUUCAAGAAGCUGGAGUACCCGGUGCAGAUAUCCACUGCUGCCGUCAGGGAGCUGCACGAGCUCUGCUUCGAUGCCGAAGGCGCGCUGGUGAUUGGCGGAGCCGUAACGCUGUCCUCGGUGGAACACUUCAUCGAGGAUGCCCUGAAGGAUCGGCCCCUUGCCGCAUUCUCGUGGCUCAAGGCCAUGCUGGACAUGCUCCGCUGGUUCGCGAGCGGGCAGAUACGCAACGUGGCCGCCCUCGCCGGGAACCUCGCCACCGCGAGCCCCAUCUCCGACAUGAACCCGGUGCUGAUGGCGCUGGGCGCGACGGUCACCGUGGCCGGGUGCGGCUGCCCGCCGCGCGAGGUGCUGGUCCGGGAGUUCUUCAAGCGAUACCGCACCGUGGACAUGUCGCCCUCCGAGGUGAUCUGCCGCGUGCGGGUGCCGCCCCCGACGGGCGAGUUCGAGUUCGCCCGCAGCUUCAAGCAGGCCCGGCGGCGCGACGACGACAUCUCCAUCGUGAACGCCUGCAUUCGGGUGGAGCUCUCGCCCGGGGAGGGGGGCUGGACCACCAUCCGCUCGGUGGACACUGGCUUCGGGGGCAUGGCCCCGACGACGAAGCGCGCGCGCCGGACGGAGGAGGCCCUGGUGGGGGCCGCGUGGGGCGAGGCCGCCAUCGAGCGAGCGUGCGCGGCACUGGCCGAGGACCUGCCGUUGCCGGAGGGGGUGCCCGGGGGCAUGGCGGCGUACCGCCAGACCCUCGCGGCGUCCUUCCUGAAGAAGUUCUACCUCGGGGUGUCCCAGGACCCCCUGAGCUCGCCGCCAGGGUGGCCGGCGCGGAGCCCGCCAGGGCGCUGCCCCGGCCGCCGCCCGUGCAGGCCGAGGACGCCUCGGGCGGCCGCAACUUCCUGUCCGAGGACCGACCGGCCCCAGACGAGCGGCGAGCAGCGCUUCUCAGUGCCCAGCGGGGGGAUGCAGCACUCGAGCGCCGCUGGCGGAGGACCACGACCCGGAUGCGGGGGACAAGCGCGCGCCGGUGGGCCAGCCCAUCCGCCACCUCUCGGCGCUGCAGCAGUGCACCGGGGAGGCGAAGUACGUGGACGACAUGCCGGCCUCCCAGGAGACACGCUCCACGCCGCCUUCGUGCUCAGCGAGCGGGCGCGCGCCAAGCUGCUCUCCGUGGACGCCUCCGCGGCUCUCGCGCUCCCCGGCGUCAAGGGCUUCUUCAGCGCGAAGGACAUCGACGAGCACGACAACGUGUGGGGUCCGAUCCUGCCGGAUGAGCAGCUCUUCCGCAGGAGUGAGGUGACCUCGACUGGCCAGAUUAUCGGAGUGGUGGUUGCUCAAACGCAGGAGCAAGCAGAUGCUGCAAGGCGGCUGGUGAAAGUGGAGUACGAGGACCUCGAGCCUGUGCUCACCAUCGAGGACGCCAUUCGGGCCAAGAGUUUCCAUCAGUGGGUGCGCAGGAUCGACGACGGCGAUGUGGACGCAGCGUUUGCGUUGCCCGACACCGUGAUCGUGGAGGGCGAAUUCCGCAUGGGUGGGCAGGAACAUUUCUACCUGGAGACGAACGCUUGCCAUGUUGUGCCUGGUGAGGGCGACGAGUUGACGAUUUACGCAUCGACCCAGGCCGCCAUGAAGACUCAGAAGGUUGCAGCUCAUGCUUGCGGCAUUCAAGCUUCUAAGGUGGUGUGCAAGGUGAAGCGCAUGGGAGGCGGGUUUGGUGGCAAGGAUUGGGACGCGCACCGUCAUCGUCUCCUCGGCCGUGGCCUUCGCCGCCCACCGGCUCCGGCGCCCUGUGCGCAUCAACGUCGAGCGCGACCAGGACGACAUGUGGAUCACGGGCACGCGGCACCCCUUCAUCGGCAGGUACAAGGUUGGCGCGGGCCCUGA